AACAUCAAAUUACACCACGUCGCUUAGGUACAAUGUCCAAUCUUCUAAAUGCUUUAUUAUUGUCCGGACUAUUGUGACUUCCCAAUAAAAAUAACGUAAUUCGCCGUCCCAAUAGUGUGCUCUUAUAGGUUUAGUUUAGAAAGUUGGCAUCUUGUCCGUAGCGGUUAUUUCGAGUUCCCUACAUAGGUUACCGCGCGGCGGCCGCACAAAAAGCAGGCUCUAUUUAACGGGAAAUGAAGCGGAAAAAAGCGUUCUGAGUCCCGGAGUCAAGAACUGGAUUACUGUGGCUGGACCGAAAACAAAUCUACUACGAUUUACGUACCGUAAACUCGUUACGCGAUGUGAACGAGACGAGUUCGAGUGAGUGUGGAGCGAUUGAGUUUGUAUCUUGUUCUGAUAAUGAAAGGGUCGAGAUCGGGUUAAACGAGUCCCGGCAGAGAUAGGUUUGGUGCGUAGACGGGGCAGUGAGAGAGAGGCGAGCUUACACGCUGCCUAUACAGAGGUUCGCAGGUUCAUUCGUAAGAAGUGUCGUUAUCACAGUCGCUGUACGGCAGUCGGGCGGCGAGCUCGUUGCAGGGAGACCACGUUCCCGUUGCGCAGACUUCCACUUCGGCAGAAGUUUUACGUAAAUCGCGCUCGGAAAUUGGAGAGCCGGCAGCCAUUUCCGAUUCGUGACUGAUUACGAUACUCCAUAGAAAGUGAAACCGAGCGAUUGGUUCGCGAUAACAGAAUUGUGUAAGGACUUUACUUUGGGUGUUAAAUCGAGUGACUAAGUGGGACGAUCCAGCUGAAAAGUGAAAUUUAACUUAUAUUGGACUGGUUUCGAUAUCAGCGCAGUUUUGUAAUAAAACUGUGUGUUGAUUAUUGAGGUUUGACUCAGAUUACUUCCUUAUACGGUAAUUCACAAUCUUGGUUAUGACAAGAAGUGAUUUGCUGUGGGGAAAGGAUUAAUGUAAAGCGUUAGAAAUCAAGCGAGAACAUCAGUUGGAGUCAGAUGUCACCGAAUGGGAUCGUGUUUUAAGUGAACAGUGACAAAUAGAAACAUAUAUUUAGUGUACCCAUUGAAAUGUGAGUUCUGUGCCAAUAGUGAUAAAAUAGUUUUUCUUGUGAAAACUUUUCCUAAUGAAUUAUCCAGUGUAAUUUUACUAUUGUGACUGUUACUUACAAUCUUUCAUCAUGGAGACUGAGGAACUUACGAAACUUGUCGAUGGCAUUUACAAGAAUAUCUUGGACAAGUUCAACCCUGGCGCACGACAGAUGAUAAUGGCUGGUAAAGCAUAUCUAAAGGCAUUACAUGGUGCGGCAGCCGCUUCUCGCUUGUACGUCGAUGCAGUGGGGAAACUCGGACGGCAGGCUCAGCAGGGGACUUGGGGAGGAUGCGCCGACAUUGGUACUGCUCUUAUGAAGGUUGUGGAGGUGUAUCGGGAAAUUCAAGAUCAACAGAUGAACAUCCUGAAGGCGUUCUACGUGGAUUUACUCGUCCCCCUAGAGACCAAUCUUGAGAAAGAUACGAAAGUUGUACAGUCUGAACAAAAAAGGUUUUUGCAACAACAUAAACUGCGUUCUGAAAGCUACAGCAAGGCCGCAGCUACCAUCAAGAAGCAAAGAAAAAAGAAGACCAAUGUCACAAAAGUCGGUUCAGCCAUGGAUAAAGAGAUGAAGAGCAUGCAGAUAUUGGAAGAGGAGAAAACUAAAUUGGACGCUUUCUGCGAGCAAAGCUUGAAGAAUGCAAUGACACAAGAGCGAAGGCGAUACGGGUUUGUACUGGAACGCCAGUGUUCCCUAGCGAAACACUGGCUAGCGUAUCAUUCAGCUGGUGCAUCGGCAUACAAUGUCGGUUUGGAAGAAUGGCUCGAAGUAUCAAGGACCCGGGAGUUCUUGCCGUCCAAUGUUGAGGCCAUGUUUGUCAGUAGAAUGAGGCAAGUAUCAUUCUGGGCCGAUGAGGACGUAUAUGCCAGUCCUCGCAAUGGUGAUGACGAUGAUCGUGCUUCAGUUGGAUCGGCGUUGCGUAAAACAAGAUCAGUCGACGCCUCCUGCCUUGAUGUCAGGUCUAUUGCAGACCUCGGAUCACCAACACAUGGUUUGUCUAGAGCCAAAUCAGACCUGAAUUUACAAGCUAGUCUCCAUAGUGCAGAACAAGAUACAGAUAUGCGUACAAAGACUCGACCUUCAUCAAUCGCUCCACCAACAUCUACAUCGCGUGAUCCACCAUUGGCCCGUGCAUUGUAUGCGUAUGCAGCGGCCGGCGACAACCAACUCAGUUUCCAACAAGGCGACAUACUCGCCCUAUUGGGUGAUAGAACGAAAGGCUGGCAGUAUGGAGAGAACUUGCGGACACACAGCGCUGGAUGGUUCCCAUUGGCUUACACUGAACAAAUUAUUACUGAGGAUACAGGAUUUCAUUCUCGACCCCGGAGAAAUCCAAGUGGAAACUCACCAGCUCGUUGGAGUAUCGCGCAAACUCCAAGCGAGACACCACCACCAGCACCAAUGGCCCACACACAAGUAUCGUCAUCAGCUGCACAUUCCCACCCACCUGCACGCAUGUUUGGGGACACUGUUACAGCUCAUCACAUGGCCAAGGGUCGUCUUGCAAACAGUUCACCUGGGUUACCUCCAACUUUGCCAGCACCGUCUCCAAGUGCUCUGAGCACUUCAGCGAGCGCUAACUUCCAUCCUACGCCAAUCGCUGCAGCUUCAGGCGCUAUCAAGAAUUCUACAUCAGCUGCCAGUUUUACUACACAUGCUGUCAUAGAAACUAGAACUUUUGGUCCUCAAACUCUGCCUAUGAGAUCACAGGUCGCUCAAAAAACAGGUCCUGCAAAGACAGUGGUCUCAGCCGUGGGUGCUGUAGGCAACGUCUCGUUACACAGUUCAAAUGACUCAGGAUUUUCGAACGAACCUCCUCCACAACCUGAUAUCGACUAUAGUGAUGAAGAGGCACAACGACUCCGUGUCCCAAUCAGUAAAUCUGCUCAACAAAACUUGGAACGCAAAGCCUAUCUGUUAAAAACACAAAGCUUGAAACGUGGUCCAAGGCCAAAUAACACAAAUAAUGGAUACCUGACAGAUGAUCAACAAUUGCUUCUGCGCAAUAUGUUAGAUAUGGAUAAAGAUUCUCAAAAAAUAAAAAGAACCAAAUCAUUUUGGAAGUUUGGCCGUACAACAUCCGAAGAAAUUAUGGAAGGUAUGUCUCUUUGGCAACAUAGGGACAUUGUGGAUACUGUACCAGAAUAUAAGAAAAAAUUAUUUGUGAAAUUGAAGAAAGAAUUACGACCAGCUCCAGAUGUACCAGAGUCAAAAAAGCAAAACGGACAGGAUAAAUCCCCGACAGCAGAAAACGUCCCGGUGCGACCACAAGAAACAAUAGAUAGAAAAGACAUUAAAGUUAAUAACGGAAUGCGACAGGCUAGAAGUUUAGGCUCUAUUCAGCAUGAAGAACGGGCUGAAAAGGAGAAGAAAGGGCAAAUGAAUUACCAUCAUAAUCAAAUGAUAAAUAAAAAAAGCUUUUCUGAGAAAUCUAUUGCAGAAGAAAAGCAGGAUGAAUUUAUACCACGUAAUGAAUCUCGACAUUCUGACUUAACUAACAGCAGUACUAUUAAAACAAACUUUGAAAACAGUUUCUACAAUGAUGAAAAUGGUGAUGGAUUUGUGAUGAAAACUGUAAAGCGACGAGAAAUCUUGCAACGAUAUGAUAACGAAAGUAAUUCUGAUAACAAUUCUGUAGCUUCCAGUACAGAUCCUUAUGAUUGUAUUAUUGUCGAUGACCAUAUGACUCCAAAAAAUCAACAAGAGCUUGAUCGACGUCGCCAAGCACAACAUAUAGAUAACGAAGUGAAAAACAAUAAAGAAAAUGCAUAUAUGCCUGAAUUUGAAGAAAUUGAAGUGACACCCAUAAAACCGCACGUAAGAGCAACUAUGUCAACAGAAAAGUUAAAAAAAUCUUCACAUGAACGAUCCCCACCUAAAGUUAUGGAAUUUAAAACUUUUAAGGAUACAUCAAAAGAAAUAAAAGCCUUUUCCGCAUCUUCUGAAACACUUAAAUAUCAAGACGGUGACCAGCCAACUGAUAGAUAUGGUAUUCCCAUUGAGCGAAACAAUAACGAUAUAAGGAAUGAGGAUGCAUACAAUGAAAACGAUGAGGGUACUUUAAAAUACAAGAAAAGGCAAAGUGAAGAAAAACUACGAAAACAUAAUUUCGAAAAUGGAAAUAGUAAAGAAUAUCCACAAGCUGAACUGAGAAAUCAAAAAAAAGAGAAACGAUCUUACGAAUCAAAUGAACCAAGAAUAGAUUAUUCGUUGGAUAGACGACAUAGCAGAAAAGAUUUCACAGAUACCAAGAACCGUGAAAACAAAUCAAGAAAUAAGAUUAACCGGAGUUAUGAUGAUAGCACCCUACCGCAUAGUGGCAGACGAGAAGAAAGGUACUACGAGUCAAACAUAUCGUACUUUAGUGAUCAAGAGAGGCGCUCAUCACGAUAUGAUUAUGAAACAGAUUCUAAGAAAGCAGAGAAAUCAAAGAUUAAACAAGAAGAAGCUCGACUAGAGGCAAGGCGUUUUAUGGACCAGCGAAACGAAGCGCCUUACAGUGAAUCUGAUGAUCAGAAAUUCAAUGAAGCAUUAAAACAACAAAGACCACAGCUAUUGCCUCGUACAAAAUUAUUGAAAAGGAAUGUAGAUGGAACUGAACUACCCGAAGAAGGUCACACAUUUGGGCCUUGGUACGAUUUGUGGGGUCGGGAAACUGCCAUGUACAAGUAGAUUCAGGUUUGAUUUAAAGUAUAAGAUUUUCUAUUCUAGUGGUUCUAGUUAGGAAUGUGUAACAAUACCAUUAUUUUUUUAAGUACUUGUUUACUUUCUUAAUGUAGGAUUUAUCUUAUAACAUGCACUUUUAUUAUUUCGCACUGUAUUUACAUUUCAUUUUAGAGUGUACUUUAAAUUCAACUCACAGUAAAAAAUAAGGUAUAACAUUAUUUUAAUUUUUUUGUAAAUGUUGUUGUUAUGUAAUUUUAAAGCUAGAUCAGAGAACGCUAGUAUUUUUAUCGAUAUAUUUUAAACAUCAUCUGUUUUUUAAUGAAAAAAUAAUUUCGAAUAGGUUUUAAAAUCAGGUUGUAUCCUAAAGAAAUUAAACCUUUUGGUUAUUGAUGGCAGAGAAAGCUGGUUAAAAUAAAUAUUUUACUUACUACAAAGUUUUUUUUCAAUAUUAUUAAUGUUGCCCUAUAUUCUUGGAUUCAUAUAUUUUUGAAUUACAAAUUGCCAAAUCUUUAGAAACAUUCCUUUUGACCCAGGCCGCAACAAUUCGCCACGGUGAAACUAAGAAAAGCAUUGACGAAUGAUCGCUCGUCGCCCGCUAUCGAGUAAUUAAGUUAUAUUUUAUAUAUA